CACAAGUCCCAAUCUAAGCUGUAGUACUACUAUCACCGUGUAUUACUGACCAUUACCGAUCUGCGCUCGGCGCGAAAACCUUCACGUUCUCGCGUGUUGUCUCCUAUUGUCGUCUUGCAACACACAUCUUUACUUGUGGCCAGAGUGCGGGAGCAAAGUCGAACAUUUCAUCUAUAUGCUGAACGGCAUUUGAUUUGUGCGGUCGGUGCGAAGCGGUCAAGAAUUAUUUUUAAAUAUCCUUCCAUAGCAAACGGUCGACGCAGCUACUCUAUUGGGCAGUGAUCAUUGGUUACAACGUGAAAUUCGUGUAGUGAAGUUUUGCUACUAAGUACAAGUAUUCUCUACUUGUAAAGAAACAUUUCGUACCUCCAAAGGUGAACGAUACUAAACUGGCUUUAACAAAUCGACGAAAGUGUGGUACGGAAGCGGCUACCGUAUUUUCAUUUCAUCGUACCCAUGAGCACGAUUGCUUCGAUCUGAGAAAGCUGAUCGAACACACCUCUUCCGACCAUUUUACUGAACGUCGAACAGAAGAAACACAAAGUUAGCCUUGGGGCGGGAAAAGGCAGUACCGAAAGCGGAAGGUUAAGGUCAGUCUUAAUAUAGCUCUAAUCUGUUGUUUCGGAAACAACCGUACGGACAAAUCGAUUGAACGGAACAUAUCACCUUGCUUCACCAUCAGAGUUGUUGCCCCAGUUGUUUGUGAGCUAAAAUCUUUACGAUUCGUCGAUUGAAUUUAAACGAUCAAGUCGAGUAAAAUCCCGCGAGUGUGUAUUACACGAAACCUGCAUGUGUACGUGCGUUAUCAAUUCUUCUUCUCAAGAGCGUGAUAACAAUUCGUGAAGUAGUUUAACGUGUACGGGGAAGCAAUAAUUUUACCGGCGCCAAGUUCGUUUGUAAACAUUGCAUUUGUUUCGUCGAGAUCGAUAAAACCGAACGAUCGACCAAGAAGCUGAUCAAACCGAUCGAUCGACCAAGAAGCUGCUCAACCCGGCUCAAGGCGGCAUCCGCCUGAAGCUGCGUUUUCUGCGUAGAAGAACGAAAACAAAAACAGUUUAAUAACCUUCCCGACGGUCAACGACAAUCGAUUAUAAAUUGCGGAACCGCGUGAAAGAGCAGGAAAGCUUUGGAGCGGAUUUCUCAGCGUGAAACAACGAGCGAUUGAUGCUGCCAUUUGCGGACGAGAUUGCUAGGCCCCUGCGAGACCGUGUCAGAGCAAGAUAGUGCGCGAAAUCUGAACGAGACACUAUUGCGAGCGGUGAAUGCUUUUUGCACGACUAUAGUACGCUGAGUGCAAAACACGUCGUGAGUAGUGCGCCUGCCCGUGGUGAGACAACAACAGAGAGAGUGCAACAAGCUGCAGCAGCCCGCGUUAAUCGAUCACAGGUGCAUUAAGUUGCAAAGUGCAGAGUCGGUGUACUGUUGUAACAAUCAACAAAGCGAAAAAGAGACAGGAAACGCUGUGCAUCUUCGCCGAAUUGGUUCUACUGCUCUGUGGCGGGAAGAAAAUAGUUCCAAAAUAAAAACCAUUCCAUCAACUCUCAGCAAGCCAUUCCUUUGUUUCGUGGGAGCUGUUCUCGUUCGGAGCCAUCUUUGAUCCGUUUGUUUUGAUUUUCGAUUGUGUCAGCUGGUUGCAAGUAUAAACAACAAAGCGCGCGAUUUGACAUAUCCUUUGAAAGGUGAAACAAGGAACUUCCGGGAUUUGGAUGCUUUCAUAGUGAACAUAAUUCGUUGCGUGAUACUUGCGGUGGUUGCUAAAAUCCAAACAACGCCACGUCCUUGAACUCUCGCGGUUCAAAGUGUGACAGAGUGUGAGUGUGUGAAACAAAAACACAAAACCUACAGUGCAGCAAAAAAGACAAUCUUGCCGAGCCUUCAACUUGCCGCCAGCGGAACUUGAAGCAGGAAGUAAUAUCGGUCCAUCAAAGCAUUACAACCAGAGAAACCGUUCUUCUAGUGCUUUCUUGUAUGCUUGAAUCGAUAAGUGGAACGAAAAACAAUCACCGGAAGUGUUGUUUGUCAAAUUUGGCGUGUAUAUAGAGACUGAUAAGCAAUCGUGAUAGUUACACGUGAACUGGAAACGUCCUGCCCGUCCUUGCAGCAUGGCACCGAUUGCGACAACGAACGAGCCCAAAAUGGCACAGGGUGGUGAGGAAACGCUCACGCGCCACGCGGAUGCAAAUCAGCGAUACUACACGGCCACUAACCGCAAAAAUGGCAUCAAUGAAGGUACACGCGAUGGAGCAACGAUGGCGGCAAUUCCGGCCACACUAGCACCCGGUAAUACGGUUAAACCUUGCCCUCUAAGAGCACCACUCGUCGUCACCGUUGUGGGAUUACCGUGCAGGGGGAAAUCGUUGGCCGCACACAAAGUAGCCCGACAUCUGAGCUGGCGAGGCGAAAGCGCCAAAGUUUUUACCGUGGAUGAAAAUGCUACCAACGAAACGCUCAGUGAGAUUAGUCUUUUCUUCAAAGAAGGAAAUAAUGUGGCGAUCAUCGAUGGAAUGCAUUUGACACGGGCAUCCCGCCAAACGGUCGCCACCUUUUGCUGUGAUGCCGUCUUUCAUCAACUGCUGAUCGAGUUCACGUGCAACGACAAAUGCCUGCAGGAGAAUGUUGCGGAUACGGUACAGUUUUACCACAACCUCGAUCAAAACAUCGACUGGGAGCGACGCUUCCGGGAGAGUAACGAGCACCAUGCGCCUCAGUUUGAACCGUGUUCGGCACUCGAGGGUCCGCUGAUUACGGUCAACAACUCGGAGGAUCCGAUGUAUCACUCUGUAACGGCGCGUGGUGUACGAGGUGCUAUUCAGACGGACAUACUGGGAGUUUUGGCCAGCCCUGUUAUCCGCCAGCAAACGUUCUACUUUAGUCGGCACGGUGAAUCGGAGUAUAACGUAUUGGGACGCAUUGGUGGAGAUGCAGAUUUGUCCCCACGGGGCAUGAAAUAUGGCGACCGGUUGGCUCGACAGUUGGGAGGCCCCGGAUCGGCACCGGAUUGUCCUCGGCCGAAAGUGAUCUGGACAUCUGAACUGCGACGUACGAUCCAUACCGUCCAGAAUAUCCCAGGGCCGCGGGCAGCCAUCAAGGACCUCAAUGAGAUUAAUGCUGGCAUCUGCGAGGGACUAACGUACGAGGAAAUACAGGAAAGAUUCCCACAAGAAUUUGCCUGGCGUGAUCAGGACAAGUUCAAGUACCGGUAUCCACACGGCGAGUCCUAUCUUGAUCUGUUGCAGCGUGUGGAUAGCGUAGUGCAGGCUCUGUUGACCAACACCGAUGUGUUGGUCGUUUCGCAUCAAGCCGUUCUCCGUUGCAUAAUGGCGUACUUUAAGGGUGUUAAACCAGAUGAUGUGCCAUACAUCAACGUCCCGUUGCAUACAUUGCUUAUUGUGCGAUCGUAUGGGUACGAUUUUGUUGUGGAAACGGUUCCACUAAAAGUGGAAUGUGUGGAUACUUAUCGCAUACAGCCGAAGAACUGUUCUACUAGUCGUACCACAGCAGAUGCCCUCACAACUGUGCCGGCCCAUUUUGAUGCGCCGCUUUCACAUCAAAUGUCUACGAUCAGCUAAAAGCUUCACGCAGCCAUACCAUGAGUGCGCAUUCGUUCCCAGAAGGAUUGAACGAAAUAUUGAUGUCGUACUCUUCUGCGGUGUAACGAGUUCCCAAGCGUACACAACACACACUUUACAUGCAUCUACUAUAACUACAUUGUCGGAUCGCGGUGAUAGAAGCGAAAUGCACAACCAACAAAAAAACACGACAAAUCGCUUUUAAAAAGUUCAACCAUAAUUGCAACGCCCGCAUCACAACACGGAUCUUUCAACAGUUCUUCCACAAUUGUUUGUACAAAUCGUUGGUGAAUAACCACAGACGAAGCCCGCACACAGUGCAAUUGAGCGUUAGGAAGUGAUUUAAUGUGACGCUGUACACAAACACGCCUUAGGGAUGCAUUUUUAUUGGCCAAAAACAGAGAUCCAUUAUUAGGCUGCUUAUGGUAAUGGGCUGGGUUUGUUUGAGUGAAAAUAGGACAUGGUUGGGAAUAUACGAUAGCAACUCCUGAAAAUUGAAACAAGGUUGUAAAGGGAGAAAGUCAGAUGAUCAGAGAUACAGGAGAAGAAAUGUUUUGAUAAUCAGCUAAAGGAAUUCAGGUACCGAAGAAUGAUACAAUGCAUUUCUAUUGUUUCUAUAUGUUUUUAGGACCAAGCGAGUGAGUUUUAGACGUAAAGUCAAAAAGAAGUCACAUUUCACAGUCGCAAAACAGGAAUCAAGUAACAGUUCAGUUGCAAAAUCACAGAAGAAUAUCAAUUGGCAGGAUCAUUUUGCAAAGCAAAAUUAGAAAGAUCUGGAAAUGAUAAAAAAAAGAAACGGGACAACAAAAAGUGCAACACAAAACAAGUUAAUUGAUAAAAGAAAAAAACACACACACACAAAUGUUGAUCAAAUCACACAAAAACGGCAUAAAAUGUUAGAUACUAGUUGGGUAGUGAAAGUUUAUUUUUAAAAGAAGUAAGAAAGCUAUUGUUUUAAAUAUACCUAUAUAACGAAAGGAAAAUAAAAUAAACAAAUGGAGUAAAAUCGGAUCGAUGUGAUUCAUUUGAUAUUUGAGUUUA